GGAUUACCACAAGGAUAACUCACAGAAACUCACCAAAACAAACCCAAUUCGAAAAUGCGUUCCACAUCAGCUCAGCUAGUGUUCGGCUGCGUCGCCGCUCUGCUGGCCCUGGCCGAGGCACGUCCUCAGUACGGCUACGAGCAGCCGCAGACUAGCGAUCUCUUUGUGGGCGGCAUUGGCCUGUCGGGCCUCCCGAACCCCGGGGGACAACUGGUGCUGCCUAGCCCGGUGGGCCAGCUGCAGCAGGUACAUCGAGGCGGCGACAAGUACCUGCCGCCAGCUAGCACCACGCCGGCGCCCAUCAUCAACAAGAAGUUCUAUCUGGUGUCGGCGCCCGAGGAGCGCGGCAACGAGAACAAGGUGAAGCAUCUGGUGCUCGGCAGGCCGCAGAAGAACUAUCGCGUGGUGUUCAUCAAGGCGCCAGCUGGCGACAAUGCCAACGUUAAGUACUCGGCCGAGUUCGCGCCGCAGGAGGAGAAGACCGUCAUCUAUGUGCUGAGCAAGAAGGGCAACGACUUGGAUGCCAACGAUAUUGCGACACCUGCGCCGACGCAGCCCAGCAAGCCGGAGGUGUUCUUCAUCAAGUACAAGACCGACGACGAGGCCAACCAAGCCCAGAAGGAGAUCCAGGGACAGUACGACAAGCUGGGCGGUACCAACGAGUUCCAGGAGGACAACAACGCCCCGAUCACCUCCGUCAUCGGCAGCCUCGACAGCCUCAAUCCCGAUGGCAGCUACAACUACCGCCAGAUCAAUCGCCCCAGCACUAAUCCCACUUCCCAGUAUCUGCCCAGUGCCCUGAAGCGAUAAGCCCCCGCACUCCGCACCACCACGCCACGCCCUCUAUCCCCAAACCCAAUCCCCGCCCACGCACGCACACAAACUUCAGUCCUUCUAAUAGCUUGUUAUGUGUUGUUUAGUUUUAAGCACAUUGUUUCCCUCGACCACAUAUAUUUUUUUUUUGUUUUUUGUUUUUGUUAUUGUUUUAAAAAAUAAAUAAAUAAAUUGUAUAUAUAAAGAAGUACGCAACGUUUUUUCAAGAGACACUUCUUUGGGGUAAGGUCGCGUAGUUUCCGCGCUAUAAAAUGCCAUUUAAAAAAUUAAUAAAAAUGCCAUAAAUAAAUUGAAAUGUUGCUCAAAUCAUGCCAAGCGGCUAAUAAAGGUCCGAAGCGGCCAAAAAGCAAAAUGCUCAAAUGCAAAUCAACAAUUCAACGUCCAAAAAACAAUUCGACAGCCAACAAAGCGGCCCGGCGCCCAAAAUACCUCAAUAUUAGCUUAAAUGAAGUGAGAAAUCAAAAUAAGCACAUCAAAGUUAAUUAUAAUUGAAUCAAACAGCGCAUCUUUUACUUCGAGCGAUCGUUAAACUGACGCCCCAUGACAAAAUAUGACGUCGAUCUUAAUGCUGCGACGCAGGCCAAAUGCAUAAAUAUGCAUGAGCUCAACCAGAGAGAGAGAGGGAGAGAU